AUGAAUACCGCAAUAUGUUGUUUUGCAUAUAGAUUGUCGAAAAGCCGUUCGGUUGACCAUGGCUUCUCGCCGCCCUUCGAUUUGGAGGCGCUGCGCUCGAAGGUUGAAGGCAGAUUUGACGCCGUGCACAGAGAUGAAGACGAGCACGCCAAGAGGCUACCCCCACCUCCACCGAUUAAAACGAUGACUUACACGGUACGCGACCGUGAUACCCUGACAUCGCUAGCGGCGAGGUUCGACACCACCCCCUCGGAGCUGACUAAGCUGAACAGGCUCGCAACGCAGUUCAUCUUCCCGGGACAGACGCUCCUGGUUCCCGACAAACGGAAAGAUGGCGAUAAAGACUCUGAUGGGCCGUCAGAGAGCGGUGAUAACACAUCUGAGUCAACACAGGGGCCACCGAGCGAGCCCGCGCAAGAAAAAGAGAUUCUGGAAAGCUUGCGGCCAGGGUCCCCUGAGGCUCCCACCAGCAGCUGCGCGCCCCAGCGCUUCCUCAAGAUCAACGUGAGGCACAUCACCGAUGGACAGGGCGUUGUUUCGGGAGUACUGCUGGUAACGCCUAACGCGGUGAUGUUCGACCCCAACGUGUCGGACACGCUAGUGAUGGAGCACGGGCCCGAGUCGUACGGAGUCAUCGCCCCUAUGGAGUACGUCGUCAACGCCGCCAUCUUCUACGACAUCGCGCACAUGCGCACGCACGGACCCGACCAUAACACGCACAAAGCUGAGCAAGCUGAGAUAUACUACAUGAAUAAGACGGAACUGUCACCAGGAAAGGACUCACUUCUAGUCAAAGAUGAAACAUUUCCCGAGCUGCAGGCGGCGACGGGUGAGAGCGCGGACGGCGAGCCCGCGGCGGACGCGCGGCCCGGCGACGAGGCCGAGGACCGCGGGGGCGCCGCCUUCCCCAAGGCCUUCGACAGGGAGCUCGUCACGCCCACAGCGCUGCAGUCGACUGAGGACAGGCGAAAAUCCCUACUGGACCAACAUUGGGCUAUUCCGAGCAAAGACAGAAUGUCCAUUGAUCAAGGAAGUGAGAUAUCAUCAACCGCGGAUGCUGGUAAGGAAGAGACCACUGGCCCCGAGCCAGAGGCGGCCGAUAGCAUCGCCGUGGCCGAGGGCUCCGACGCAGGGGACGCUGGGGAAGCACCCGACCACGACGCCCAGCACCUCGUCAAACUGUCCUAUCACGAUUCCGGCAUCGACAUACGAGACCCAUUGCUGCAUGUCACACCCGCCAACUCGAAGAAAGGCUCCCUCAUAGAUUGCGAUGAAUAUUAUCAUGAGAUAGAUACAAUUUACGAGUCGAAGGAACUGGAGAUCGAUAGGGACUGGCACCGGGACGCUGCGCAUGCGCUGCAGUGUUUCCUAGUACUGCAUAAGAACGCAGACGCUCGCUCUGAUUCCGUGUACUCAUCGUGCGAUGAGGUGUACAGUGACGCGGACAUAGUGUUGUCGGCUGAGUGGGUGCCGCCAGUGUGCCUGGCGCGCGGGGAGCCGCCCCUUUCGGCCCCGCCUCACAGCGACGCAGAGCGAGCGCGCAAGACUCAGGCUGUCUCUUUCUCGCUCGAUAACACGGCCAGCAAGGAUGACGCUAAACCCGAUAAGAAGAAUAAGAUGCUGAAGCGUCUCUCGUACCCCCUCUCUUGGGUGGAAGGUCUGACGGGUGAGGGGGGAGCGCAGGGCUCACAGAGCGACUCGCUGCCCACCUCCGCCGACAGCCACAACUCUACCAGCGUCUUUUCUAAAGUCUUCAACAGCUCACCAAUGAAUCUCGUGGAGUUCGGUACUGGUUUGUUCCUGAGUAAAACCCCGUCUGAAGAGGCGCCCCAGGACGUGUUCUCUGCUUCGGGACGCAGUUCCUUGGGCGGGUUCGGUCGCUCUCACACCAAGUCUACUAGUAGCGCCGGCAGCGCGCCACCGCCACGUCUCGACUACCGCAGCAUGGUCUCCGUAGAUGACAUGCCUGAUCUAUUCGCAUCUUUUGAUAAACUAAUUCCUCGACCGGCGCGACCAAGUGACGAUCCUCCGUUGUACCUGCGCUUGCGCAUGGGCAAGCCCAUCGGCCGGCCACUCCCGCGCACCACCCCGCUCAUGUCUUAUGGACGCAAGCGCAUGAAGCCUGAGUACUGGUUCGGAGUGCCCAGGAACAGGCAAGUACUUGACAAAAUGCUUAUCUCAGUUAUAAACCCAAAAGCUAUACUUUACGUAAAUAUUUUAAAGGUGGAUGACCUAUUCAAGUUCCUAACCCACUGGGUGCCGGACCGAUAUGGUCCUCUCGGUGACGUCAGCGCCCAGGGCUACGAGCUCAUUGACAGCGACACCGAAUGGGAUGACGAUGAGGCUAAACCUGGACAUAAAGACGAGCGGACUGGCAGCACGGGCGACGUGUCGGAUCUGACGCGCGAGUCCUGGGAGCUGCUGAAGGCGCCCUACGUGAAAAUAUAUUCGAUAAUGAAGAGCCAGGCAGAGGCGCUGGGCGACUCGCUCGGCGAGGAGCCGCGCCAGGAGGUACCGCCACGACACAUCGGCUGA